UCGGGCCCUUGUUCGAGUCCCGCCGGGCAGCAUAGGCGCCUUUGACGUGUUUGUGAUCCGAGCCCCUUUAUGACCGCGGCCGCGGCACGCGCAACAAGUCUCUAAAACACAGUCUUUGCGCAUUAUGUGCAACCAUUCCAUGCGGGGAAAGAAGCAUAACAGCGUGUUUGCAGGCAGCAACAACAACAACAACAACAACAACAUGAACGUGGAGAAGUUUCACCCUCUCCCAUUCCUGCCCACUAACAUCCACCCUGUUACAGAGACCAGAGACUUCACCCCCUUUAUGGAAGGCUGCGUGCUGUUAAAACCUGACACUAAGGCCGUCAGAAAUGGAGCCAUGCCCAUGAGGAGGUUUUGCGGCACCCUCCCAAUCGUUGGCGAGCCCAAACAACUGGCAGUCGAGGUGGCACAAACCAAACCGGAGACCAAAGAGCAGAAAGCAGGUGCAGCGGAGACGUCCCAGAAGGUGGCGCCGGUCAAAAGGACCAAGUGUCAGACCACCAAGAAACAAGAGACCCACCCCAAGGAGCAGAGAGCGGAAGCCGCUGAGGUGCCGGCAAAUGUUCCGCCGGUCAAAAGGACUAGCAAACGAAAAGCAGCAACGAAACCAGAGCCCCUCACAAAGGAGCAACGAGUCGACGUCACCCAGGUCUCGGCCAAGCAAUUUCCCGCUAAAAGGCCCAGACGCAAGUCCAACGCCAAAGCGGAGACCCUCGCCAGAGAACCCACCACCGAGUUGUCCGUCAAGGCCCUGCUGGCUAAGGUCCUAAACAGCAAAUACAGCGCGAAACCCGAAGUGGCCGUCGUCGCCAAGAAGCCGCAGGUGGAAGUCGCCGAGGUGUCCGUCAAAGCUCUGCUGGCCAAGCUAACCACCAAGAGGAAGUCCAGCAACAAAGCGGAGGCCCAAAAGCAAACCAGACAGCCUGUCAAGAAGGUCGCCCAGAAGGCCGCCGCCCACCCGACCUGUCCCUGCUGCCCGCCCGCCUUGCAACAGGCCGACACCACCCGAACGUUGUUUGUGCAGAAGUAUCAGCAGCUAGAGAAGCUCGGGGAAGGAGGCUUCGGAUCCGUCUACGCCGGUUACAGGAAAAGUGACUGUUUCCCGGUGGCCAUCAAGUACAUCCCCAUAGAAAAAGUAGAGAGUGUCUUUUUGUACAUCAAUGGAAAAGUCCAGAAGGUGUCCUUAGAGGCAUGGCUCAUGCUGCAAGCAUCCUCGUUAAAGAACGCCGAUGGGUCCUCCGCAGUCGUCCUGCUGUUGGACACGUACGACCUGGAAAAGGAGCUGGUUCUGGUCAUGGAGAGGCCGGUACCCUCUGUGGACCUCUUCACGUUCAGAACCAAAUACAAGCUCGGACCCUUAGAGGAGUAUGAAGCCAAGAACAUCAUGAAGCAGCUGGUGGACGCCGCCAUCAAAAUGCACGCCGUCAACGUCUUCCAUCGGGACCUGAAGCAGAGGAACAUCCUGCUGGAGGCCACCUUCAGUCUCCCCCGAGUGCGCCUCAUAGACUUCGGCUGCAGCUGCUUCGUCAACGAGGAACCUUAUCACGAAUAUGCCGGAACCUUGCGCUACGCCCCUCCAGAGUACGUCUUGAAGAGGCCGUACAAGGCCGGCCCGGCCACCGUAUGGCAACUUGGCGCUCUGCUCUUCGAAUUGCUGGACGGAACCGAACGUUUUGACACUUUCAUGUUCCUCAUCAAGGGCCUCACGUUGAACCGGGUGCUCUCCCAAGAUUGCAAAGACUUCUUAUGGAUUUGCUUGACGUCAGACACGGACCAGCGAGCCACCUUAGAGCAGAUGCAGUGGCAUCCGUGGCUCCUCUGAUACCACACACACUCACCCUCAAAUGACUUUUGCCAGUGUAGCAAGACUUGUGGAGACAAAUUAUAAACAGCUCAUUGGUGUGGGCUUUUUUUUUUU